UGGCGGCCUCCGUUAGGUGACUCGUUAACCUAGCUGAAGCGCUCGGCUCGGAGAUCGCUGCUCAUGACGCCGACGAUAUAAGAGUUGCUGGAGCCCAAAUCCGGAGCUGCAGCAGGAAACAUGGUGCUGAAGAUCUUCUUCCCUCAGUGCUGUAACCUGGCGGACAGCGGGCUGCUGGUGGGGCGCUGGAUCCCUGGCCAUGACACGGCCGUGGUGCUGACCGUCAUCCACUACCCCUUCAUCCCUGGCCAGGUCAAACAGUACAUCCAGCAGAUGCAGGCCCAGAGCAAGGUGGAGCUGUCAGUGCUCGGCUCCUGGAGCUUGCCCAAGGAGGGCCAGGAGGGCAUGGAGAGCUUCCUCAGGGACCUCAUCACCAUUUUCCCCCAGCAAAACUGGCUCCAGCUCAGCCGACAGAUGGGCAAGACUGGCUUCACUUGUCAAGUCCUCAACCGGGACCUGGGUGGGAAAACAGUGCAGCAAGAUGUGGAGAAGGAGGGUGAGGAGGGUGGCGAUGAAGGAGAGGAGAAGAGGGACAAGGUAAUCUUCGUUCACUAUGAGCAGAGGAAAGUCAUGCUUUCGCAGCUUCACCCCGAGGAGAAUGGAGGCCGCGACCCCGGUGUUGACCCCCCGUCUGAACUGCAACAGAUGUUUCAGACGGUGGCACGGAGCGAGCCCCUGUUCUUCCUGGACAAAUACGACGAUGGCCCGCUGAAGUCGACCCACUGGCAGUCUGAGGGCCGCGAGGCCAGCAUCAUCGUAGAGCUGCUGAAACAGGCCUCCACGCCGGUCUGCCUGCUCCUCACCUGGCUCCUCUCCAUCUGGUCCUGGAUUUGUAGCAUAAGGGUCUUUAAUAUUUACCCACUCCGCUUCCUGUCCAGUAAACUGUCCACCUGUGUCCAGCUCAGCUACAGGACAGAGCACAUGAAGACGCUGAGCUCAAUGAGGAGAGCUGCCAGUCACACAGAGUUCAUGAGGAAAGCCAACAUCUUGGUGUCCUUCCUGGUGGAUGUGGCGCUCGGCAUGCUGCUCAUCUCCUGGCUGUACAGAGAGAACCGCAUCACUGUUCUCGCCAAUACACUAGUGCCUGCUGCUGAUCAUGUUGCUAAAGAGUUGGAGGAGCUGCUGCAGUGGCUGAUGGGAGCUCCAGCGGGGCUGAAGAUGAACCGGGCCCUGGACGAGGUGCUUGGCCGUUUCUUUCUCUACCACAUCCACCUCUGGAUCAGCUACAUCCACCUGAUGUCUCCCUUUAUUGAGAGGAUCCUGUGGUACGUGGGCCUGUCAGCCUGCCUGGGUUUGACCUUUGCCCUCUCCCUGGUGUCUGACAUUGUGGCCCUACUCACAUUCCACAUCUACUGCUUCUACGUCUACGGAGCCAGGUUGUAUUUCCUGAAGAUCUAUGGUCUGUCUUCUCUCUGGAGACUCUUCAGGGGGAAGAAGUGGAAUGUCCUGAGGCAGAGGGUGGACUCCUGCUCCUACGACAUGGACCAGCUCUUCAUAGGAACGCUGCUGUUCACCAUCCUGCUGUUCCUGCUGCCCACCACUGCCCUCUACUACCUCGUCUUCACACUGCUGCGGCUCAUGGUGGUGGUGUUCCAGGGCGUGCUGCACCUCAGCGUGGACUUAAUCAACUCCUUCCCGCUGUUCGCCAUGGGCCUCCGCAUCUGCCGCCCCUACAGACUGGCAGACGGGGUGAAGUUCAGGGUUCUGUGUGAUGAGCCUGGGACGGCCCUUCACCUGCUGAUGGAGAUCAACCCGCUGAACUGCAGCUCUGUGGUGCAGACAUACCGGACCCCCACGUACAGCUGCUACCCCAAGGACUCUUGGACCGCACUGGUCAAGAAACUGUUUGUUGGCGAACUGGUCUAUCCCUGGAAACACAAGACCACCAAGGUGGACUGAGAGACUGACAGACCACAGGGAAGAUAUUCCGGGGGGGGGGGGCGAGCACAGUGGGAAGUGGAGGAGAGAGAUCUGACGGGAAUGCUCUAAGGGAGAGGUCAACAGUGUGUGUGUGUGUGUGUGUCUGUGUGUGUCUGUGUGUACAUGGGGACAGAUGUCUUCUUUGAAAUCAGGUAUUCAUGAUUUAUCUGCACUGACCACAGAUAGUCUUACACCUUUGAUUUUAUCUUAUCAGUAAAUGAAAAAUUAACCUAUGCCCCUUUUCCGCUAAAUGGUACCUUUUCCGCUACAUGGUACCGGCUCAACUGGACUGGACUCUUUCGUUUUCCAUUACUGGAAAGUACCGGCAUUUUGGUAACUGUUACCACUUUUCCGGUACCAACUUUGUCAGGGUUCCAACAAAACUGGAGCGGGUACCACAACCAAUGCAGCCCAGCUACACUGAGGGGUACUGUUAUGGUGAUGGAAAACAACACUCUGCAAGUCCAGUCGAGUGGAGCCGGUACCAUGUAGUGGGAAAGGGGCACUAGUCUUAAUCUAACAUGAUUCUAACUGGACUAACUGAUUAUUUUGAUGUAAACUUUGACAUUUUAAUUUAAAAUCCUAGGCUAUAUUUGUGUAGUUGUUAUGUAUUUGUGUUAUCGUGUCAGAUGGCGUAUCUCUUUUGUAUUUUGGACCUUUAAAAAAAUCUUCCCAUGGAUUGUCCACAAGUGGAGAAAGCAGACAUAUUGAAUUUGACUCAUAAGCCAGUAGAGAAGCAGGUGUACGAAGUACUUCAUCAUGUACUCUACAGGACGUGUCCAGCAUGUACAUUCCACCCUCGAGUUUGUCUUCAGCUACAAAACCAGACCAGCGGUCAACAUUGUCCUGCCCUAUGUUUCUCCAGUACAUAUGUUUCACCAGUACAUAUGUUUCUCCAGUACAUAUGUUUCACCAGUACAUAUGUUUCACCAGUACAUAUGUUUCUCCAGUACAUAUGUUUCACCAGUACAUAUGUUUCACCAGUACAUAUGUUUCUCCAGUUCAUAUGUUUUUCCAGUUCAU